AUGAUAUGCUUAAGCACCAAGUACAAAGAUGUCAAGAUCCCCGUUCCUGAGUUGAGAAUUGAGCUUCGCUCGUACAAUGUGUCUUUUACCCCGGAUCAGAGUCGGUGGCCUAGUGGUCUACAUCUUGCUGUCGACUAUUACCCCUCUCAAUGGCCCGAGUACAUGUGGGAGCCAGACAUGGCUGCCAUGAGAGAUGCCAAUAUCAGUUACGUCCGAGUCAGUGAAUUCGACUGGGAAGUUCUGGAGCCAUCAGAGGGCGUAUACAACUUUACUCUUCUGGACACAACCUUGGAGCUGUUUGGCAAAUAUGGUCUCAAGGCCAUUGUUGGCACCCCUACUGCAGCUCCACCAAACUGGUUGACGGAGAAGUAUGAUGUCAACUUCGUGGACCGUACAAACCAGACUCUCAUUUUCGGAUCCCGAAGACAUUACAGCUUCUCUUCAUUUGACUACAGGAAGCUUAGCCAAGGUAUAACGCAGAAACUUGCUGAGCGUUAUGGCAAUCAUUCGAACAUCGUCGCCUGGCAACUUGACAACGAAUUUGGCUGCCACGAUACUGUCCGCUCCUACGAUCAUGACGCUAUCAUCAGAUUCAGAACAUGGUUGAAGGAGAAAUAUGGUUGCGUUGAGAAGAUGAACGAAGCCCAAGGUCGAGUCUUCUGGAGUUCUCAAUACGUCAGUUUCGACACUGUUCAGCCCCCGUUUCUGAACGUCUACAUGCCCAAUCAGGCACAAAUACUGGAUUGGUAUACCUUCAGCUCGGACAUGGUUAUUGAUUUUGCCAAGGAGCAGACUGCUAUCAUCAGACAACAUGCACCUAGUCAUGCGGUGACCACAAACUUUAUGGUCAGCUACACGGACUUUGACCAUUACAAGUUCAAUCGUGAAGUCGGACUUGACUUUGCGACUUUCGACAACUAUCCCCUUGCCGGUGUGUCUGAGGGAAAUGAAUACCUGCGUACCGGACUGCCGGAUUUGCAAGCUAUGCAGCAUGCUAUAUAUCGUGGUAUCGCUGGUGCUGCAUAUGGAGAAAACAACGGUCCUUUUGGUGUCAUGGAGAUGCAACCUGGCGUGCUGAAUUGGAAUACUUAUCGUGUGUCCCCGCUGGAAGGUAUGGUCCGUCUUUGGACACUGGAGACCUUUGCCUCGAAAGGUAAUUUAGUCAACUACUUCAGAUGGAGACAGGUCCCCUAUGCACAGGAGCAGACACUUUCUGGAUUGUUCGUUUCUGAUAAUACGCCUGAUGAAGGAUUUGGUGAGACCCAGGUCGUGGCUUUGGAAGAUUUGCCAGCACUUCGCGAAUCUAUGUCAACAGAGGAAACACAGGCUAGUGUAGCUCUGGUGUUUGACUAUACUUCCGUCUGGGCCUGGAAUAUCGAACCAUAUAGUGGAUCCUACUCGCCAAAAGAUGCAGGAUUUGAAAAUAUCGGACUAACAUAUCUCGAAGUUGUUGCUUCGUUCUACACUUCGCUUCGCCGCCUGGGGUUGAACAUCGAGGUAAUAUCCCCCGAGCAGGACCUGAGUCGAUACAAGAUGGUUGUGGUACCCAGUUUGCCUAUUAUUCCAGCCGCUUUCAACGAAGCAUUAUCCUCAUACAACGGCACUGUGAUCUUCGGCCCACAUACCGGCUCUCGUACCCCCAACUUUGCGUACCCACCUGGUCUCAACCCCUCUGCAGGCACUAUCCGCGACAAACUACCCAUGAAGGUCACGCGAGUGGAGACUCCGCCUUCGUACGCCAACAGUGGAGUCUCGUACGCAGAAAAAACCUACAACAUCUCUGCAUGGGAAGAAACCGUCAUUUGUGCCCGCGACAACGAGACAAGCACUAUAACCAUCACAUCAACUUCUGUACACAAAAAGGGCAAACCAGCUGCUUGUGCAAAGAACAAAUUCCACUAUCUUGCUUUUAAUCCUCCUGUUGAACUCUUGGUGUCCUAUAUUGGGGACAUGGCUAAAGCAGUAGGGGUCAAGGAUGUUUUCGGUAGAGUUGUGGGCAAGGAGAAUGAUCUUGGAGAUAACCUGAGGGUUUUGGAACGAGGGGGAUUGGUAUGGGCGUUCAACUAUGGAGCCGAGGAUAUUAAGGCGCCUGAGGUCAAUGGAACGGUGGUGUUGGGUGGAGGGGAGGGAGGAAAUGGCACGGAGAUUGGAGGGGCGGGUGUUAGGGUGUGGAAGCUGCAAAGCUCAUAG